AUGUCGCGACCCUUUGAAAACAAACUAGCUAUCAUCACUGGUGCCUCCAGAGGGCUCGGCGCAGCACUAGCCCGCCAUCUCGCUGCCAGGGGCGCAAAUGUAGUCAUCAACUACGCAUCUGAUGCCUCUACUGCUGCGGCGAUGAACCUUGCAAAAGAAAUCGAAUCGCUACAUCCUGUCAAGACUUUGCUGGCGCAAGUCGAUAUCACAACAGCCAACGGCCCGGAGAAGCUCAUCCAUUUAGCCCAGACAGCAUUUAUCAAAGAUGGCAAGUUUCAAAUUGACAUCUUGAUCAACAAUGCAGGCGUCGUUAACCCAGCGCCGAUGGGUUCUGUUACACUGUCGGACUUCACCGCGACUUUCGACCUCAACGCCCGUGCCCCGCUUUUCGUGCUGCAAGCAGCGAUUCCGUUCCUACCAACCGACCGAACAGGGCGUGUCAUCAAUGUUUCUAGCAUAACAACAUCGAUGGGCUUUUGGUGGCAAUCGUGCUACGCUGGCACCAAGGGAGCUCUUGAGGCCAUGACUAGGGUAUGGGCUCGCGAACUGGGUGAACGCUGCACAGUCAACAGCAUUAAUCCAGGCGCUAUGGCGACGGGUAUGUAUACGGAGUUGCCGAAGGAGAUGCUCGAUAAGGUGUGGUCAUUGAACUACAUGGCACCACUCGCGGCGGCGAGAGAAGGUGUCGACUCGGAGGAGACUAUAGCAGCUGUGAAGCCUAUGGGUGGUAGGCCGGCAUAUUUGGAGGAGGUGGCUGGCAUUGUUGGCUUAUUGUGUAUGCCUGAAGCCGGAUGGAUCACCGGCCAAGUCAUCGGCAGCAACGGUGGCGGUGUGAUGACGAAGGGAUGA